AUGACCACUAUCACCCAGCAGCCGCAUACAGUAUCUGAGUCUUACCAACUUACGGAUGCGCUUGAGCAACCUCGCAAUGAACGAGUUCUGGGAUCCGACGCCCCUCCUGAGACGGACCAGAACGACAAACUUGACAAUGCCACCCUCUUGAAGCUGAUCGCUGCUGGUUUCGCCUUCUUCAUCUCCGGAGUUAACGACGGCAGUGUCGGUCCUCUCCUUCCGUACAUGAUCCGCGACUAUAACAUCACUACAGCAGUCGUGUCUAUCGUCUACGGAGCAAACUUCCUCGGCUGGUUUCUCGCGGCUCUCACAAACACCCAUCUCCGCCAAAACUUUGACCUGGGCGGACUGCUCGCUUUUGGCGCCUUCUUCCAAGUGCUGGCCCAUGCUCUCCGAGUAUGGCGGCCCCCGUUCCCGUUCUUUGCUGUCACAUUUUGGCUCGUAUGUCUCGGGCAAGCGUACCAAGAUGCAGGUGCAAAUGCCUAUGUGGCUAGCGCAAAGGCCGCACAUCGAUGGCUUGCUUUCAUCCAUGCGUUGUAUAUGGCAGGAUGUCUUGUAGCCCCAUUCGUUGCGACACCAAUUGCUUCGGCAGGGGAAACAUCUCGGUGGUAUCUGUUCUACAUCUUCCCCCUCGCUAUUGGUGUCUUGAACUUUGGCUUGACCUGUUACGCCUUCCGAGAUACCAUCAGGUUUGGACGAAAACGAACGGGUGUGGACAGGCCAGAGGCCGAAGUCAACGGUGACGAGAAGAAAAGCGCAUCCCAACUAAUGAAGACCGCUCUACGAUCCAAAUCGCUAUGGAUGGUAAGCAUUUUCUUCUUCUUCCUACUAGGAGCAACCAUCACAGCAAGUGGAUGGAUCGUCGAAUACCUUGUCGAGAUCCGUGGCGGCAACCUCGGCGCAAUGGGUUAUGUCCCGGCAGGCUUCAACGGGGGUGCCAUGCUAGGCCGCCUCCUUCUGGCCGAGCCAACCUACCGUCUUGGAGAAAGACGGAUGAUUCUGCUUUACGUGGCUCUCUGCAUCGUCUUCCAGUUGGUUUUCUGGCUGGUACCCAAUAUCAUUGCCGCUUCAGUAGCGAUCAGUUUCUUCGGAUUCUUUUCUGGGCCGAUGUUCGCAACGGGCAUAUCUGUCGGAUCUAAACUCUUCUCGCCAGAGGUUCAGCCGACAGCUCUCUCGUUCGUAUUUGUAAUUGGGCAGAUUGGUGGAUCACUGUUCCCCGUCAUCACCGGUGUCAUUGCAUCUCGUAAAGGUGUUAGCGUUCUGCAGCCUAUCCUGAUUGCACUGAUCACAGGCACAGGUGUAAGCUGGAUGCUGAUCCCGAGACCCAAAGAGUCGGCAAACACCUCCUUACAUCAGGAAUAA